AUGGGCAAAACUCCUCCGACUCCCGGAGGAAAACUUGACCAGUCUCCAAGCAACAACAACACAUCAGCAAGGAAGGCCAACACACCUGCCACAUCCAAAGCAGAAGCUAAAGAUGGUAGACAGGUACGCCACAUCUUCCCAUCUUAUAAGCGUAGAUUCAGGGUCCUUCUUGCGGGUCAUCCUGAUAACAGCAGCCAGCAACAAAUUUUAGAACACUACAACAUUAACCUGAGUUGGGUUAAUGGUGUUCACAUUCCAUUGGGCCUCAAAGGAGUAGCCUUUGCUUACUUUGUGAGCCAUGAAAUGGCACUUAAUGCUGUUAAGGAGUGGAAAGGUACAGACUCAUUUAUGUUUCUUCAAAGAGUCUCCACUCUGUAUCGCUAUAAGGUAGACCUUCCAUUCAAUAUUCCAAACCUUAAAAAGGUGAUCGGUGAGGUGAAGUCAGUUGUUAGCAUGAAUUAUUCCCCUUCGAAUAAUUUCUGGGCUGUUAAUGUUGAAAAUCUAUUAGAUAAUAAACCCAACUUUCUAUCUGAAAUAGACGUCAGUACCACUACUCUACGUCUCACUUGGGAUUCGGAUAGAAAACUACAAAUCGAUGCACUCAAAAAGGUCAUUAUUAGUGCGUGGAAACUUAAUCCUGAACUUGACAUUAACAACAACACCGCUUAUGUUAAAGUCAAACGUGAAGAGCUGAAAAAAAGCACACUCACCAAAAUUAUCUACGUUGGAGAUGUCGUUGUCACAAAUCUCUCCUUCAAUCCUAGACUCAACAAACCUUCCCUCAUCACCAAAGUGAAGGAGUUGGUUCAACACGCCAUCUCAGAAGCUUCCCUCGUAGAUCCUACCAGAUUUGUUCUUGCCAGUGCAUACACUGAGCUGCAAUCUCGGGUUGAUUCAUUAGUCAAAGAAAAUCAGGCUCUGAAGACUAAGAAUGAUGAGUUAGAAAAAUCCAUUACAAAUAUCAAUACUAUACACACAAAUGAUUUUAAGGAACUCAAUACUAGUAUUAAUAAUAUUAGAACCCACUACACUAACCUCGAUAAGAACGUCUUGGACAAAUCAGUUACUCUUAGCAACCACUCUAAAGAAAAUAAUGAAAUGAAAGUUAAAGUUGCUAAAAUUGACGGUCUUUUGGAUGAAAUUACUUCCCUCCAAAUCCAACUCAGUCAGUUGCAAUCCUCCUUCACUACCACUGAAACUAAAAUUAAUACACUCAGUGAAGAUAGCAACAAAAGGAAUACUCAAGUACAAGAAAUGCUUGCCGAACUAGAUACGGACUAUGAAAAUACUUAUACUAUGAUUGGUGCAUUAGACGAUAAGUUGACUGAAUUGUCAACAGAUGUGCAAACCUUUUUACCUUCUGGCUCAAGUCACAAGCCUAGAAAACAAAGAAAACAAGGCAAAGAAGCUCUCACUCUAUCCGACGAUGAUACGGAUAUGAACGGAGCUUCCGACCAACAAUAA